AUGAGAAGAUAAUUAUAAUCGGAAAUUGGGAAGAAUGAAUUAGAAGAUAAAAUAGUAUAGUUGGAAUAGAGGAAAUAGAAAUUAAAAGAGGAAGUAUUAAAUAAAUUUAUUUAGAGAAUCGAUCUACUUAAUUAGGAGAAUUCAUUAGAUAAAAAAAUAAAAAAAAGGAAUUAAAUUAAAGAAUAAAAAGAAAAGAGGAAAUUGAAUUUAUUAAAUAUUAAGGAUAGCAUUUAGAAUCAUUUCUUAAAAUUGUUUAGCCAGAAUUGA